UGACAGUUGACGUGUCGCGCCACCGUCGAGGGCGCCGAGUCAAGUCGAGUCGCUUGUCGCGCUGCAUCUCGGAGAUAUGCCGUGACUGCAUCUCGGCUGUUUUACCAGCGCAAGUGCCAUCGUCGGUCGACCCCGGCAACGGGUUCGCGCGCAGCGUGUCCGAGACGACCACUAGCAUCACCAGGUUACUCCGACGUACUUUAUUCGGAGUGACGAUCCCAUCAAUCGGGCUGCUGUCAAACACGGUGCGGAGACGAGGAGACGCCAGUGGACGCCAUGAUGGACGGUAUAUGUGACACUGCCGACAUCUUAAACAGCGUGCCUCCGAAGAAGACAAUCCAUGCCGAUACCAUAGAUCUCUCAGAUAAGUCCCUGCAGGUGGACAUUUCGGAUGCUCUCAGCGAGAAGGAUAAAGUAAAGUUUACUGUACAUACAAAAACUACUCUACCUGAAUUUCAAAAACCGGACAAUCUAGUUGUGAGGCAACACGAAGAGUUUGUAUGGCUUCACGAUCGAUUUGAGGAAAAUGAGGAAUAUGCUGGUUAUAUUAUUCCACCGUGUCCACCAAGACCGGACUUUGAUGCGUCACGUGAAAAGUUACAAAAACUUGGCGAAGGUGAGGGAAACAUGACGCGUGAAGAGUUUAAUAAGAUGAAGCAAGAGUUGGAAGCGGAAUACUUGGCCACUUUUAAGAAAACUGUUGCUAUGCAUGAAAUGUUUCUGACCAGAUUGGCGCAUCAUCCAGUCUUUCGGAACGAUCAUAAUCUAAGGGUAUUCUUGGAAUAUGAUCAAGAUCUUUGUGUACGAGGGAAGAAUAAAAUGGAAAUGUUUGGUGGUCUAGUAAAAUCGUUUUCCAAAACUACCGAUGAAUAUUACUUAUCAGCUACGGUGAAAGAUGUGAAUGAUUUCUUUGAUCAAGAAAUGACAUUCCUUCAAACUUAUCACCAUAAUCUAAAAGAAGCAACGAGGUUGGCUGAUCGUCAGACGGCUAAACAUAAAGAUGUGGCAGAUUCAUAUAUAAAGAUUUCCACCAAUCUUUUACAAUUAGCUACAACAGAUACUGGAAAACUCGAAAGAUUCUUAACUAAAAUAGCUGAGACUUUUGAGAAAUUACGAAAAGUUGAAGGACGGGUAGCAUCAGAUGAAGAUUUAAAAUUAUCAGACACUCUUCGUUAUUACAUGAGAGAUACAGCUGCAGCUAAAAGGCUUCUUUUUAGAAGACUGAAAGCUUUACACGAAUAUGAGUCUGCAAAUCGUACUCUUGAAAAAGCUCGUGCCAAAAAUAAGGAUGUUCACGCGGCACUGGAGGUUGCUGAGGCGGAACAAGCACAAAGUGAGGCAUGUGAGAAAUUUGAACAGAUGUCUGAUAAAGGAAAAGAAGAAUUAUUAGAUUUCAAAACUAGGCGAGUAGCAGCGUUUAAAAAGAAUCUCAUUGAACUAACAGAACUGGAAAUAAAACAUGCUAAAUCGCACGCGGAAUUGCUCAAGAAAUGUUUAUCCGUGCUCCGGGAAGAGUGAUCUAGUUUUAACGUUGCCAUGGAUGAACCUACGCGCAUGCAUUCUGUAUGCAGAUAACAGUUUAUUUAAAAUAUAAUAAUGGUACUGUAAAAAAUACUAUAUAUAUUUUUUGUUAACUAAAUUUAUUAGAUCUAUCUUACAUUGAAAAUAAAAUACUGUAUUAAUAGCUGCAAAGUGACUGCGAAAAACGGAUAUUUACUAUCUAUCUUUGAGCUGUAAAAAGCUAUGCAAGUGCUGCUAUCAGCUUCUGCUUAAUAGAAUAAUUAUGUAAGCAAUUUUAUAAGAGUUUGGAUAAUACUUGUGUUAGAAAGAAAUAACACGCAUUUCUAUUGUAAAAAAAUUAAAUGUUAUCGAGUCCCUUUGCAGCUUUGAAUUAAGAGCCUCUCUGUUACACUUAUAAAGGUUCUCUAUAUAAACAUAAAUAUA